AUGGAAACAGUGAAGCAAGAUCUAGCGACAAAGCUGACACAACUACGGAUAACGAGAGAUAAAACGAAAGAAAUUGGAUCAAGUGGAAUGAAAAGUCGCAUCGAGCGACAGAAGAAUACAUUGCAAGCGCUGGGAAAUGCGGCUGAAAAGGCGAGAACAACACUUGAAGAAAUCAUGAUCGCCGGGGGGGAGAAAAUCGAGGACAUUACAACAUGGAACAAGGACGUGGAGGGCAAGAUUGCAGUUGUCGAUGAGGACAUUGCUUAUUUGUCAAAUUGUUUAGAUAAGGUUGAACAAGCAGAAAUUGAGAAGGGUCAAAAACAACAAAUUGAGUUUGAGCGAGAGCUUUUCGAACAUAAACUUCAACUCAAAGAAAUGGAAUUAAAGAAGGCGGCCCCCCUGGAAAACCCAAGUACCGAGAAAGCCUUAACUGCGAAGCUUCCAAAGCUCAGCAUUACUAAAUUCAAUGGAGAGUACAUUGAUUGGAACAGGUUUUGGAACCAAUUCACUGAAGAGAUUGACAAAUCAGGUAUGGCCCCCAUUACUAAAUUCUCUUACUUGAAAGAAUUUAUUGAACCGAGGGUGCGGAAGAGUAUUGACGGGUUACCAUUCACAGUCGAAGGCUAUAAUAGGGCAAAAUCUAUUCUUGAAGAGCGAUAUGGCAAGGAGAGUGAAAUAGUAAAAGCUUAUGUGAAGGAUAUUAUUGAUCUACCAACUGUCAGGGGGACUGACCCUGUACAAGUCCACCAGUUUUAUGAACGGUUGGUGUAUGAUGUGCAAUCCCUAGAGACAAUGGGUAAACUAGAACGUGUGAAUGGAAAUGUACCACUUACUCUGGACAAAUUGUCGGGCAUUCGGAGUGAUCUUGUCAGCCAUGAUGAAGAGUGGCAAGAGUGGGAUUUUGUAAGGCUUUGUGAGGCACUACGGUCCUGGACACGUAGAAAUCCCAUAGAGAAAGAGGACAAGUAUCGAAAGCGUAAUACCAAAGCUUACAAUACACAACACUGUGAAGUGAGGGGGUGUGUCUACUGUGGGGAGACUUCGCACAAGGGAAUUCAAUGUCAGCGGUUUACAUCACCACAAGAAAGAAAGAAGAUCUUAGCAGAGAAAAGGCUAUGUUUUAAUUGUACGGGGCCAAGGCAUAGGGCAUCUGACUGUAAGAGUACUACUGGUUGUCAAUUGUGUUCCAAGCGUCACCAUACUUCUAUUUGUGAAACAAAGAAACCGGACGGUGAGAGUAUGAUGUCCACAUGUGAUGGUGACAAAGUUAUUCACCCUAUAGUUGUGAUAAAAGUGGACGGUGUUGAGUGUCGUGCCUUGGUAGACUCCGGAGCUGCGAGUUGUUAUGCCUCAUCAAAGUUGCUUGAUUCAUUGGGAAAGAAACCAACAGAAGUGAAAUACAAGAAAGUGGAAAUGCUCAUGGCCUCAACCACAACAAGAAUGGAGAUACACAAUUCAACUAUCUCAUCUAAAUCAGGGGAUUAUGAGUUAGAGGUUGAUCUAAUCAAAGUUAAUAAAGGUACACUGCUCGAAGUAGAGAACCCACAGUACAAGGAUCUUAUUGAGUCAUAUUCUCAUUUGAAAGGUGUGAAAAUGGAUGACUAUGACACUAAACCCUAUCUACCAGUGCAUGUAAUACUGGGAGCCGGGGUUUUCGCAAAGAUAAAGACAGAUUCCAGACCUCGGAUCGGGACGCAAGGUGACCCAGUUGCAGAACAUACCAAACUUGGGUGGUUUAUUCUCUCACCAGGCGAAGAAUCGGUUACUUCCCGGGUGCUUCUGACCCAAACCAGCCAUGUUGAAUAUGAUGAGUUGUGCCGACUUGAUGUUUUGGGACUAGCUGAUUCCCCACAGCAAGACCAGAAGGAAGUGUAUGCUGAGUUCCGAGAGCAGCUGACCCGCAGCGAGGCAGGUUGGUAUGAAACCGGGCUCCCGUGGAGGGGUAACCAUCCUCCCCUACCAACUAAUGAACAGGGUAGCUUGUGUCGAUUGCGAAACCUGAAGCGAAAGUUGCAGAAAUCUGGGCUGGAUGAAGCGUAUACCAUGAAGAUCGAAGAGCAGAAAUCGGAAGGGGUCGUAGAACCAGCAAAUGAUCAAGCGAAAGGAGUGGAAUUCUACAUACCGCAUAAACCCGUUGUAAAAGAGAAUGCUGAGACAACCAAGCUCCGCAUAGUGUACGAUGCCAGCGCAAAAGCCCAUCCAGAUGCUGUCUCACUCAAUGAUUGUUUGAAUCCUGGUCCUGUGUUGCAGAAUAACAUGUGGAAUGUUCUGGUCAGGUCGAGAGCUCAUCCGGUAGCAGUCAAUGGAGAUCUAAAGAAAGCAUUCUUGCAAGUGCGGGUGAAAGAAGAGGACCGGGAUGCCUUGAGGUUCCACUGGCAACCGGGAGAACAUUCAGAACUUGAGACAUUACGAUUUACACGAGUUAUGUUUGGGUUAACAUCAUCACCCUUCUUAUUGGGCGGGGUGAUUGAACAGCAUCUAGACAAUUGGGAAUCUCGUAAGCCAGAGGCUGUUGCAGAGUUGCGCAAGAGUCUUUACGUAGAUGACCUCUUGAGUGGUGGAGCUACAGUGGAAAAGGCCCAGGAAGUCAAGCAGCAAGCAGUUGAGAUUAUGGAGGACGCUACAUUUACUUUACAUAAAUGGCAUUCGAAUGAAGCUGAACUUGAGGACAAUCCAGAUUUGUCGGCCAGUGAGGAAGAAACGUUUGCCAAGCAACAAUUGGGAACGCCUAACGGUGCGGAGUCGGGUUUGUUGGGUCUUGGCUGGAACAAGAAACGUGACGAGAUAAGCAUAUCAUUUCCUGAGGAGAAAGUCGAAGAAACGAGACGUGGCGUGUUGGGCAAGCUUGCGAGCAUAUAUGACCCCCUCGGACUCGUUUCCCCCCUUACCUUAGAAGGAAAACUGGUGUUCCGAGCCAUUUGUGACCAGAAGCUUGGCUGGGACAAGCAGUUGCCGACCGAAUUGAAACGUGCUUGGAAAAGGUGGGAACGACGGUCUUCCCCUGCGAAUUAA